ACCCGCCAUGGCCCGCAUUCAAGUUCCAAAGAAGGGCACCUUCACGUGCGACAGCAGCACGGCGGAGGAGGCUGUGGAGUAUUUGCGACAAGUGUUGGAUGAACCUGCGCACGGCAACGUGCUGCUGUCCUGCGGCCCACAGAAGCUGGACCCCACGCAGCAGCUGCGCGAAUUCAAUGCCGAUUUUGUGUUUGCCAACUAUUCGUGGUUGAGUUCUGGGCCUCCAAUCCACAUCGCAGCAACGGAACUGAGAGGGGUUACAAUUGAACAAUUGUCAUCUCUGCUGGACUUCAUAGUGGAUAUCGCCUCCAGUUGGUGUGACGCGCAUCACUUGGCCUAUGGGCAGCCGUUGUCUUUCGAGGCCUUCAAUCUAUACCAUGCAGAUUUCUGGGUGAUUGGCCCUGCCACCGCUGGGCACGGGCGCGGUGGCUGCAGCUAUGUGGAAUUGGUGGCCACUUCGGCCCAAAUGCAACGACCCUUGUGGUUCGUCUCCCAUGCUUGGCUGGAGCCGGUCUGCAAUUUCGUGGCGUGUCUGAAGCGUCAUGCCUCCUUGCGACAGUUGUCGGAGCAGACGGCCUAUUGGGUCUGUGCCUAUGCCAACAACCAGCACCAGUUGAAAGCAGAGAUUUGCCACAAUCCUCGCAAGACCUCUUUCUACCGUGCUAUCAAGAUGUGUGCUGGAGUUUUGUUGGUCUUGGACCACAAUGCCACGCCCUUCACGCGGAUCUGGUGCUGCUUCGAAGAAUCGAUUGCGGUAGAAGAGCGCAACAAAGGGUCCCCAUUGUUGCUGGACGUGGCGGCCACAGAGCAGGGCCGCGCGCACGUCAUCACAGACGGCCUGGCGGGCGAGGAGCAGAAAAUGAUGCCGCUGCUUGGGUUCUUGGCCAAGAGCCGCCGCGAGGCCGAGUUUCCCACGGAAAUCCUACUGAAAGGAUUAGAUGUUGAUAUUGCCAGUGCUAUGGCAAGCAAAGAGGCCGACAAGAAAAAGAUCCUAAAUAGCAUAGCCUUUCCGCGGGCGAGGACACAAACUCUUCUACAGGAAUUCCAAACCACGCACGAAAGCUAUGACGCGGUGGGCCGUGCGUUGGCCGGGCACUUUGCCUUAGCCAACCUGUUUUGCUCCGUGGCGAAAGGUUUGAACACGUCGAGGCCAACAACAUAUACCAGGCUCCUUACGGCCUUGCAGAAUGAUGCACAGCGACGUACAGUGCAGCUCUCGUUAACGGGGUGCUGCAAGUUUAAGUGGUUGGAGCUUCGCAGAUUUCUUGCACAUUUGCCAGCUCACCUGCAGAUCCUUCGUUUGGACCUGGGCUUCACAGCCGUGCGGUAUGUGGAGUUCCCACAGCUGCUGGAACUGCAUGAGCUCUCCCUGCGCAUCACCAAGACGCCCCUGCGCCAGGUGAAGCUGCUGCGCAGUAGCAUGCCCAAGCUGCGAUGCUUGCAACUCUUAUUGUCCAAUUUGCCUGAUCUUGAGGAGCUACAGCUGGAAGUGGCGAGAGCCAGCUGUCGACAGAGCUUGAAGGAGCUGGUUUUGCACGUGCACCGCUGUCCCAAGCUGACGAAAGUGGCGAAGCAAACUCUCCACGAUUCCGUUAAGACGACAUGGGCAUGGCAUCGCACCGACAGGUGGAUCAGCAUUGAAGAGACGCAACAGCAAGACGUCUUCACAUCUUCGGCUGUCGACCAGGUGACCUUCGGGCCUGCCAGCUGUCCGGAGAUGAGCGAGGAAAAGGACAUGCCGUUUCCGUGCAGCCAAAGGAACUGCAGGGAGUUGCACCAAAAUUUGCAUGGUUAUUGCGACAAGCAUCGCCUACUUCGUUUCUGGAGGAUGGCAUCCAGUGGAAUCAUUAGGACUUGCGUUUGGCUUGAACUGAUCUUCCUGUUGAGCGUGCAGGCCGCGGCUGAAAUCCAAAGCAGGAUGUUGCUUCUGAUCAUUUUGCUGUCCCUGCUGCCAGCGACCUGCAUUUUUUUGGAGGAAAGCACCGGGAUGUCCGCCACCUUCAUUUGCAUCACGCUGCUGGUAGUGUCAGUUGGCAGCUGUUUUUACACAGCAAAGCGAUUGGAUGGCAUGCAGCAGAGGAUCUUCAGAUUGGCGCUUGCGACAGAAGCAAGCUACUUUGAAGUACUGCAAGCCAGCGAAGAGAGGAGCCAACCCCUGAUCAGCGUGUCUUCCAUUUUAGGAAGCACUUCAAACGGCUCCUUGCAAGAGCUUCCGCAGAAUGACCUGGACUUGACAACGAAUUUCACUCGUGCAAGAUCUUCCAUGAGUCGUUUUCAGCGUUCUGUGUGCGAUCCGCUUUCCAGCCUGGGAUCUGAAGUUGUGGCCAAGAUCAAGCCCCCGGCAGAGGCAGAUGAACGUGGAGGAGAUGUGGAUAUUUUAUUUUGUGAAGUCGUUUGCGACAGCCUCCAGCGGGUACAAGAUGGAUGGCACAUGCUGAAGGAGAUGCAUGAUGUCCAGAUUGUGACUGCUCGUGAUUUCUUCGCAAUAGCCUCUUCAAGAAAAUGUUGCCAGGUGGUGGUUUCGGUGGAGGGCUAUUUGGCGACCGUCUUUUUCCUGGAAAAGUCUUUGUCCUUUCAGGUGGCACAGAAAGGGGUGAGCGAGGUGGCAAAUUCCUUGGGUUUGUUGGACCAAACCAAGGCUGCAAGCUGGGAGCUUUCGCGAGUCCAAGAGGGUCUUUCACAGACACCGAGGAGCGUAUUGUUGGCGACGGCUGUCCUGCGCUUUGUGGCCUUUGGCUUCUCUUAUUUCUUUGCGCUCUUCAUUGAAUUGAAUGUCUGCCGCUCUUCUAUCCUUUCUUACACGUCACCUAUCGGUCCUAUCACAUAUAUCCGAUUGGGAUUUUGCUCGUUGUGGCAUGCUGCUAUGUCUCUGCCUUGGGUGACUUGUGGUGUGAUUCUGUUGUGGGAGCUGCAGUGCUGUUGUUGCUGCCUGCGUUGUUGUUGGCGUCGGAGACGCUUUCGGGUGCGGCCACGGCCAACGCAGGUUUUUUAUCGGGCCUUCUUUGGUGUGCAAGGCAAAUACUAUGCCUUCAAGGUGGCGGCCUUGCAAUGCAUCACUGUCUUGAUUCAAACCUUUGCAAAGGCGAGCGUGUUUCAUGACAUUAUCGAAACCUUAGGUGCCGUGGCCUUGCGUGGACACAUUGCUGUCUAUGCCUUUCUGGCCCUACUCUUCUGCAACAUCGCAUUUCCAGCUUUCAUGUUUUGCUUUCCCAAUUGCGUCUUUUCACGGGUUGGAGCGGCCAUGAUGGAUGCUGCGUUGGACAUGGGCUACCUCAUCACUUCCUUGGCAUUGUACAUGGACUUGGCGAGAUUUGAAGUCAUUUUUCUACAGAACUUCUGGAUUUACAUGUCUAUGUACGUGUGCGUUGCACAUGUGCUGUGCGUGUGUCGAUCCCUGGAAACUGCAGAUUGGGUUGCGCUUUUUCAGGUCCCAGCUGCUCCACCCAUUUGGGGAGUGUGGAAGCGUGUUCUUUUCAGUAUUGCGUACGCAUGUGGAUUAUUUGCAGUGGUGGCCAUGCUGCUUGGAGACAACGUCCUGGCGAGCCUUUUGGAGGGCGGGCUUUGCCCACCUUGCGAGUGUUUCACCGUGUCGCCAGGAUCAGUUGCUUUGAAACGCUGCAUCUUGUGGGAGGAUACGGCUGGAACGUAUCUCAUCAUAGAUCUUAGCGACAGACAGCUGACUGCACUAGCCCCAGGCGCCUUUUGGUCUCGUAACACCAAUAGGGAAAUGGUUCACUUCCUACUUGCCGGCACAAUACAUCUGGAGCGGAACCGCUUGACCACAGUUCCUGCUGGAGCAUUCGAAGGUUUGAGAGUGAACCGAUUGUUUCUACGGAACAACAAGUUGACGCAUCUGAAUGCAGGAAGCUUUCGAGGCUUGUCCUUUUUUGGGGGUGAGUUGGACUUGUCACACAACAAGCUGCGGACAUUGCCUCCAAAGGUCUUUGACUUCGGCGAGAACUAUUCUGGUGAGAGGGGGGACUAUUCGGAUAUAAGGGUCCUUAACUUGGCCCACAAUGAGAUCUCCAGUCUCCCUGCGGACGCCUUUGCAGGGCACUUUUAUGGGAUUCUGGGCUCCUUGCAGAUUCUCAACUUGAGCCGAAAUGCCUUGGAAGAACUUCCUCCCAGUCUCUUCCAUGAGUUCAAACCAUACCUAUGGCACGCAAGAAGAAGAACCCUAUGGCACGCAAGAAGAAGAAAUUUCAGAGACUUGAGAGUCAUCGACCUGAGCUACAACAAACUGAGCACCUUGGAUUCUGAGCUCUUCAGCAUUCCAAGCCUCAGAACAUUGGACCUGCGUGGAAAUCCAUUGACCAAGGAGGCGGUGGAGUAUUUGCGACAAGUGUCACUGGGCAGAUUUUUCGGAUGUGAGAUGGUUCGUUUCAGUUGCAGGUUGGAUGAACCUGCGCAUGGCAACGUGCUGCUGUCGUGCGGCCCACAGAAGUUGGACCCCACGCAGCAGCUGCGCGAAUUCAAUGCCGAUUUUGUGUUUGCCAACUAUUCGUGGUUGAGUUCUGGGCCUCCAAUCCACAUUGCAGCGACGGAACUGAGAGGGGUUACAAUCGAACAAUUGUCAUCUCUGCUGGACUUCAUAGUGGAUAUCGCCUCCAGUUGGUGUGACGCGCAUCACUUGGCCUAUGGGCAGCCGUUGUCUUUCGAGGCCUUCAAUCUGUACCAUGCGAAUUUCUGGGUGAUUGGCCCCGCCACGGCUGGGCACAACGGUGGUGGCUGCAGCUAUGUGGAAUUGGUGGCCACUUCAGCACAGAUGCAGCGACCUUUGUGGUUUGUCUCUCAUGCUUGGCUGGAGCCGGUCUGCAAUUUCGUGGCGUGCCUGAAGCGUCAUGCCUCCUUGCGACAGUUGUCGGAGCAGACGGCCUAUUGGGUCUGUGCCUAUGCCAACAAACAGCACCAGUUGGAAGCAGAGAUCUGCCACAAUCCUCGCAAGACCUCUUUCUACCGUGCUAUCAAGAUGUGUGCUGGGGUUUUGUUGGUCUUGGACAACAAUGCCACGCCCUUCACGCGGAUCUGGUGCUGCUUCGAACAAUCGAUUGCGGUAGAAGAGCGCAACAAAGGGUCCCCAUUGUUGCUGGACGUGGCGGCCACAGAGCAGGGCUGCGCGCACGUCAUUACCGACGGCCUGGUGGGCGAGGAGAGGAAGAUGAUGCCGCUGCUCGGCUUUCUGGCCAAGAGCCGACGCGAGGCCGAGUUCCCCACGGAAGUCCUACUGAAAGGGUUGGAUGUUGACAUUGCCAGCGCUAUGGCAAGCAAAGAGGCCGACAAGAGAAAGAUCCUAAAUAGCAUAGCCCUCCCGCGGGCAAGGACGAAGAUUCUUCAACAAGAAGCCCAUGCCACGCAUGAAAGCUAUGCCGCAGUGGGCCGGGCAUUGGCCGGGCACUGUGCCUUAGCCAACCUGUUUUGCUCGGUGGCCAAUGGUUUAGGCACUUCGAGGCUCCUGACGGCCUUGAGAAAUGAUGCGCAGCGGCAUACGGUGCAGCUCUCAUUGACCGGGUGCUGUAAGUUCGAUGAUUUGCAGCUCAGCACUUUUCUGGCGCACCUGCCAGCUCACCUGCAGAUCCUUCGUUUGGACCUGGGCUUCACAGCCGUGCAGCGCGUGGAGUUCCCACAGAUGUCGGAACUGCAGGAGCUUUCUUUGCGUAUCACCAAGAUGCCCCUGCGCCAGGUGAACCUGCCGACCAGUAGUAUGCCCAAACUGCGCUCUUUGCAACUUCUCUUGUCCAACUUGCCGGAUCUUGAGGAGCUACAGCUGGAAGUGGCGCGGUCGAGCUGGCGACAGAGCUCCAGGGAGCUGGUUGUGCACGUGUACUGCUGCCCCAAGUUGACGAGAGCGGCCAAGCAAGCCCUCCACGAUUCACUUCAGACGACAUGGCCCUGGCAUCGGGCCGACCGGUGGAUCAGCAUUGAAGAGACGCAAAAGAAAGACGUCUUCAGUUCUUCGGACCCGGUGACCUUUAGUUCUGCUGCCAGCUGUCCAGAGAUGAGCGAGGAGAAUAAGGACAUGCCAUUUCCGUGCGGAAAAAAAAGUUGUAAGGAACUGCACCAAAACCACCAUGGUUAUUGCGACAAGCAUCGCCUAUUUCGAUUUUGGAGGAUGGCGUCCAGUGGAAUCAUGAGAACCUGUGUUUGGCUUGAAUUGAUCUUCCUGUUGAGUGGGCAAGCCGCGGUUGAAAUCCAAAGCAGGAUUUUGCUUCUGAUCAUUUUGCUGUCCUUGCUACCAGCCAGCUUCAUUUUCUUGGAGGAAAGCACUGGGAUGUCGGUCACCUUCUUUUGCAUCACGCUACUGGUAGUGAUCGUUGGCAGCUGUUUUUAUACAGCAAAGCGAUUGGAUCGAAUGCAGCAAAAGAUCUUCAAAUUAGCGCUUGCGACAGAAGCGAGUUACUUUGAGGUACUGCAAGCCACUGAAGACAAGAGCCAACCCCUGAUCAGCGUGUCUUCCAUCUUGGGAAACGCUUCACACGGCUCCUCGCAAGAGCUCCCACGCAAUGACCUUGACUUGACGAUGAGUUUCAAGCAAGCAAGAUCUUCCAUGAGUCGUUUUCAGCGUUCGGUUUGCGAUCCCCUUGCUAGCUUGGGAUCAGAAGUUGUGGCCAAGAUCAAGCCCCGGGCAGAGACAGAUGAACGUGGAGGAGAUGUGGAUAUUCUAUUUUGUGAAGUCGUUUGCAACGGCCUCCAGCGCGUGCAGCAUGCAUGGCACAUGCUGAAGGACACGCGAGAUCUGGAGAUUGUUGCUGCCCGUGAUUUCUUCGCAGUAGCCUCUUCAAGAAAAUGUUGCCAGGUGGUGGUGUCGGUGGAGGGCUAUUUGGCGACCGUCUUUUUGCUGGAAAAGUCUUUGUCUUUCAAGGUGACCCAGGCCCCUGGGAAGCAACGCUUUCAGACCCUGAAUGAUGGCCAAACCGUGUGGAUUCGCGCAACGCACGGACACACCUUGAAAACGGUGGACGUGAAGAGUAGUCUCUAUCAAGAAAUUACAGUGCCUCUGCCGGUUCUGGUCCAUGCUGUGAGCGGAGAUUCUGUCCCCAUGGUCUUGUGCAAGGGCUUGAACCGAGGUGGUCGUGCCCAUAUGUUGUUUGCGAUUUCAGAUGAAGAAGACAAGCUGACGCAGGGCUUUCAGGAUUCCUGCAACAUUUUGGUGUACGUCAACAUGGCCAAGGCCAUGUUUGCGGGCAUCCCUUUCAAUUGGGCGCCGGAUGGCAUGGUGGUCUCCGUGGGGCUCCCGGAGCGCCCGGAGCGCCCGGAGCGCAAGAACCGACGGAAGAGCGAGAAGGCCGGCACCAUCCCUGCCGACUUCAUUCUGCGCGUGGCCAACCGUAACGAGAAGUCCGGCGCCGCGUCGGGUGGCCCCGGGGCUCAAGGCAUUUUGCCAUUGCCAGAGGGGACUUGGGGUCAAAAUGGAUAUCAGAAUCCAAGUCAAGAUCUUCUGAGGAUGGUCACAGGCGGAAACCCAGCACCGGCGCCGGUACCGACCAUCAGCGGAUUGAGGCCGCACCUGAAGGGUGAACCGGCGGAGGCUUCCGCAGAGGCCUAUGAGAAGCUGCAGCAGCUGAUGCAACUGCAACAGCAAGAGGCGCAUACACGACAACUGUUGGAGCUGAGCCGGCUCAAGGAACAGCAUGAUCAGAUCCUGCAGGCGGGGCAGAUGCUGCAACAGCAGCAACAGCAAAUAGCUGCAAGGAAUGCUCAGCGCAGCUUGCUGACCACGGCGCUGCAAGUGGAGGACCUGAGUCGACAACUGGAAGCCACAGAGGCAGCGCUGCGAGGUGGCUUGGCAGGUGCGCCAACAAUGUACGCGGCCUCUCCUGAGGCGUCCUUCCCUCCACAUUUGCAGCAUCUCUUUGGCCUUGUAGCGCAGGCGGUCCCCGCAGGGGUUCAUCCCCGUCGCCUGCAGUAACAAGUUGUGAGAGGAAAUACCCUGCACCGCAGCCACCGGUUUCAACGGCCGCGGCGAUGUUUUUUUCACCGGACGUGAGGUGAAAGUGUUGGUUGGCUGAGAUCAAUGGGAACUUGAG